AUGGAGGCUAGAAUGACCAUUCUUGACUCAUUUGAAGUCGUCAUCCAGCCACAACCUAAAGUCAAGGGAGGGAGACACAAGAUGUGGAUACGAGUAAGGUGAGCUCAGCUGACAGGCCAGUCAUUUAUGCCCGGUUUGCGGUUGUAAUAUGGCUGAGUUCUGACGGUAAGACCGAAAUGGCUGCAACAGUUCCGCCUGUCUGAUCAGAAAAACAUCCUCGAUUAUCACAGUUUGCCCGCCGGGCAAAAUUUCAGAUCGACCUUUUGAGCAUAUGUUAUGACAUUAAACAGAAAAUUAUGUUAGCACAUUUUUACGAAAACUCGUAGUUCCGAGGAACUAUAAUUAACUUUGGAUCCCAAGGUCAGCACAGCUUUAGCUCUAUGUAGCUCCAGCUGGCAUUCAAGAGAGCAUCAAAAUCGGUAAAUUAGGAGUUGCGAGUCGAGAUGUGGCGGCUAAUGUGUUUGGUAAAGGGGGGCUUCGCAGCACGAGUUUUGGGGAGAAGUAACUACUCUUACCACCAACCAGCGGUUACGGUAGACUAUUUCCAUGGAGCAUUUGUAAUGAGCUGUUAAUAAUUAUCUGAGUAGGCAGUUAACGCAAUCUAGGGAAAGUCAGCAUAACUUCCGCUAAAGGAUAUGGUUUUAGUUGAUAAAGUUUAACGUCUAAAAGACUUACGACAGUCGACGGAGCGUCAGCGUUCGUACAGACUAACCGAGAAAGUGGUCUAGUCAUCCGCCACCAGAAGGUUGACUCCGAAGAAAAGGGGGGUGGUCAUGUAGUACUAUGCACCUUCUAGGUUGGCAAUGUCUCCUCCUCCCCCCCCCACCACCACCACCACCAUCCCCUCCUCCUCCUCCUCCUCCUCCUCCUCCUCCUCCUAUUCCUCCUCCUCAACCAUCGCCGCCGCCACGACCAUCCCCUAUUCUUCUUUUUCCUCUAACGCAUUCUAG